AUGGAUAACAAUUCCCUUGUGCCGGGAGAUCUGGUGGAGUUCCGCAGGUCGUGGCUCUUCUCCCACUGGGCCGUUUAUAUUGGUGAAGAAAAUGUGGUCCAUCAAACCGGAGAAUGCAACCCAGGAAGUUUCUUCAGUGACUCUAGUGUGAGUUCUAUGGAGAUGGAUGAAGUUCGAAUGCAACCGUUUUUGACAGUGGCGGGGAAGAGUAAGGCGUUCAAAAACAACAGAAGGGACUCCAACUACGGCUGUGAUGAGAUCGUGGCGAGGGCUCUGUCAAAGCUGGGAGUGAGCGGGUACAAUCUCGUCUGGGAUAAUAGUGAACAUUUUGCAGCCUGGUGUAGAUAUGGUGAAGGGUGCAGUGAACAGGCACAAACUAUCUGGACGAUGUUUUUUGGGUCUAUGGCUGUAAUUGUGGGGGGCAUUGCCGCACUCACUGGCCUUAGACGAUAG